CAUAGCUAUUGUUCCACACGUGCAAGUGCCAGGUUUCGAAUGUUUUAAAAACAUUCCACAUUUGUUUUGGUGAAAAGAGCGUCCAUUAGUACACAUUUGACACAUUAAAUGUUUACUGCAUCAUAAACAUGGGCAAGAAAGUACACAAUGCCAAAGCGCGGCAGAAUCCCCAAACGAUUGUCGACAAUUCCGCAGCUAAAAAGAUCCAAAUAGAUGUAAGCUCCGUGGCCGAUGGCAGGAGUGGCAUUGGGGCUGGCUACGAUGAGGCCAAUGCCUUGGUGCUGCCCUCACAGAAGCGCGCCACAAAGACCAUCGUGGAGCGGACGAAUCAUGUGAAGAUCCUGACGAAAAAGCAACGCAAGCACCUGCAGGCGAUUGUGGACAAGAAGAAGAAAAAGGAAGGCCGCGCUCAGCUGCUGGUAGAUUUGGCCUCCGUGCAAAUACCCGACGCUGAGCUGCAGCAGUACACAUCCAUCAGCCAGGUGCAGACGGUGGGUCUGAAGCGUCUGCAAACGUUGGACGACUAUUUGGCCAGGAAGAAGGAGCGACAGGCGCAGGUGCAGGCCGAGCGUGCGCCCGGCAGUCGCGUGAAUGCCAUUAAGGGUGCGGCCAAGCGCAAGCUGCUCGCCGAGGAGCAGGAGGAGCUGGAUGCCAAGCGCAGGAAUCCCAAUAUAGUUAGCCUAAACGAAGGGGAGGAGAGCGACACUUCGACUGAUGAGGAUGAAGCGGCUGGAGAACCUCCAUCAGCGCCUGCAGCUGUGCCCAGUCCAACGGAAACAAAACCCAAACCCAUUCCCGUGCCGGCUGCCGCUCCCGCUCCUGCCACACCCUUGUGCACACAUCAAACCGUUUAUGUGCCCGUGAACCGCUUGGCCAAGGUGCAGGAGGCGCGUCUGCGUCUGCCCAUACUCGCCGAGGAGCAGCAAGUGAUGGAGACGAUCAACGAGAAUCCAAUUGUGAUUGUAGCCGGUGCCACGGGCUCCGGCAAGACGACGCAGCUGCCGCAGUUCCUGUACGAGGCGGGCUAUGCCCAACACAAGAUGAUUGGCGUGACGGAGCCGCGUCGUGUGGCUGCCAUAGCCAUGUCCAAGCGUGUGGCCCACGAGAUGAAUCUAUCGGAGCGCGAGGUGUCCUACCUGAUACGCUUCGAGGGCAACGUGAGUCCCGCAACGCGCAUCAAGUUCAUGACGGAUGGCGUCCUCAUGAAGGAGAUCGAAAGCGACUUCCUGCUCAACAAGUACUCUGUGAUCAUCCUGGACGAGGCGCACGAGCGCAGCAUCUACACGGACAUCCUCGUGGGACUGCUCUCGCGCAUUGUGCCGCUGCGCCACAAGCGUGGCAGUCCCCUCAAGCUCAUUGUGAUGUCUGCCACGCUGCGUGUCAGCGAUUUCACCGAGAACACGCGUCUGUUCAAGCAGCCGCCGCCGCUGAUCAAUGUGGAGUGCCGCCAGUACCCCGUCACCAUACACUUUCAGAAGCGCACGCCCGAGGACUACGUGGCGGAGGCAUACCGCAAGGCGCUGAAGAUUCACAACCAGCUGCCCGAGGGCGGCAUUCUCAUAUUUGUGACUGGACAGCAGGAGGUGAAUCUGCUGGUGCGCAAGCUGCGGCGUUGCUUUCCCUAUCGUCAGCAGCAGGAGCAGCAGGAGCAGCAGCAGAAUGAGCAGCAGCAGAAUGAGCAGCAGCUGGAGGAUGUAGCCGAAGAGAACUUUGAUAUGAAGCGCGUCAUCCGCAACAUACGCAAGUCCAAGAAGAAGUUUCUGGCACAAAUGGAGCUGCCGAAGAUCAAUUUGGACGAUUACAAGCUGCCCGGGGAUGACACAGAAGCGGAUAUGCACGAGCAGGCGGAGGAGGAUCACUCGGAUGACGAUGCACUGUCGGCGGGGGAAGAGCUAGGUGUCUCUGAGCUGUCCUCCGGUCCGAAGCAGCCACUCUGGGUGCUGCCCCUCUACUCGCUGCUCUCAUCGGAGAAGCAGAAUCGCAUCUUUCAGCCCGUGCCCGAGGGCUGUCGCCUGUGCGUGGUGAGCACGAAUGUCGCGGAGACCUCGCUGACCAUUCCACACAUCAAAUACGUCGUGGACAGUGGCCGCCAGAAGACGCGACUGUACGACAAGCUGACCGGCGUGAGCGCUUUCGUCGUCACUUACACAUCCAAGGCCUCUGCGGAGCAGCGUGCGGGCAGGGCGGGUCGCAUCAGCGCCGGACACUGCUACCGGCUGUACUCGAGUGCCGUCUAUGAGCAUCAGUUUAUGGAGUUCGGCCUGCCGGACAUACAGCAGAAGCCCGUCGAUGAUUUGAUGCUGCAAAUGCGCUCCAUGGGCAUCGAUCGCGUUGUGCACUUUCCCUUUCCCACGCCACCCGAUCAGCUGCAGCUGCAGGCCGCCGAGCAGCGGCUGACCGUCUUGGGAGCACUGGAGGCCACGCCCGGCGAUGCCAAGGAUCUGCCGCCAGCCAUGACGCCGCUGGGCAGGGUCAUCUCUCGCUUCCCUGUGGCGCCGCGCUUCGGCAAGAUGCUGGCCCUGUCCCAUCAGCAGGGACUGCUGCCGUACACCGUCUGCCUGGUGGCCGCGCUCUCCGUGCAGGAAGUGCUGCAGGAGACGGGCGUGCAGCGCACCGAGGACGUGGCACCCAAGGCCAACAAGUUCCACGAGAAGCGGCAGCGUUGGGCGGCCAGCGGCAACUUCCAGCUGCUCGGGGAUCCCAUGGUCCUGCUGCGAGCUGUGGGAGCGGCCGAGUAUGCCGGCUCCCGUGGCCAGUUGCCCGAGUUCUGCGCGACCAACGGACUGCGCCAGAAGGCCAUCAGUGAGGUGCGCAAGCUGCGCGUUCAGCUGACCAACGAGAUCAAUCUGAAUGUCAGCGGCGUGCAGCUGAGCGUGGAUCCGCAGCUGAAGCCACCCAGCGAUGCGCAGGCGCGCUUCCUGCGCCAAAUACUGCUCGCCGGCAUGGGGGAUCGUGUGGCGCGCAAAGUGCCGCUGUCGGAGAUCACCGACAAGGAGGAGCGGCGACGUCUCAAGUAUGCCUACAACACCCCCGACAUGGUGGAUCCCGCCUUCCUGCAUGCCUCCUCCGUGCUCAAGCAAAAGACGCCCGAAUGGAUCAUCUACCAGGAGGCGUACGAGCUGCGCAACGGCGACUCCGAAAAGAUGUUCCUGCGCGGCAUCACAGCCAUUGAGCCCGAGUGGCUGCUGCUCUAUGUGCCGCUGCUGUGCAACAUGCGCGAAGUGCGCGACGAUCCACCGCCACGCUAUGAGGCAUCGUCGGGCAAACUCUUUUGCUUUGUGGAGGCAACGUUCGGCAAGGCUGGCUGGCCGCUGCCACUAAGCGAAAUGGAGAUGCCGCUCAGCGAGAAGGCCUGCUGCUACUUUGGCAUGUUCCUGCUGUCGGGUGAGAUUUGUCCACGGCUGGCGGAGUUCAAGCGCAAGUUGAGGGUGACACCCGGCACACUCAUCAAGAGCUGGUCGAACCUCAAUGACAAAGUUUUGCGCUUUAAGCGUGCGCUCAUCAGCAAGGAAAUACACACGCGACAGGCGCUGCACGAGCAUUGGGCCAGGGAGCCAAACUUUCUGCUGGAGGAGUACCAUGGCCUGCUGUACGAUGUGGCACUGAAUGAGUUGACUGCCCUGUGGCCACCAUUGCCACUGAAAUGAGAUAUUAAACGGAGGAAUUGGCUCUGCCUUCGUUUGUAUAACAAUUUUCAUU